AUGAAUAGAGCUGUGGAAGCGCCCGUGGACCUCACCGGUCAUAUUCUCCGGUUGGAUGACCAUCCUGUGGCUGGAGGGUCUUUCGGAAAUGUCUACAGAGGCAUCUACCGGACCACGUCAGGUCAAAUUCAGGUAAGAGCGCCUCAAUUCUGCGUGUUUACCCAUGGAAAUGUAGUGAUUUUUUCUCAGGUUGCUGUGAAGGCUUUGCGUUUUCUGCCCAGCGCAGAUGACAUCAGGGCUGAACCCUCGUCCACGUUGCAGAGAAUCCGUCGAGAGAUUAAAAUAUGGAUGAAGCUAAAACAUCAGAAUAUCGUACCAUUCAUUGGCGUGACGGCGGGAUUUGGACCCCCUGAGGCCAUCUCUCUCGUUUCGCCCUGGAUACCCAAUGGAACACUGACAAAUUUCUUAGAAACCUAUGGUGGAAGGUUACCGCUGAUAUCGAAAUUAUGGCUGCUCCACGAUAUCGCAGCUGGUUUAAAUUAUUGUGAGUCAUUAUCCUCUGCUGCACGCAUUCCCUCUGAUACACGGAGAUCUCACUGGCGCGUGGCGUGUCUUGUGGACUUUGGGCUCACCACAGUCAUAGGAGGGCUUGAAGGUGGAUCUUCAAUUGCCUCGUCGUCCCACCGCCCCGGCGCAAUACGGUGGACCGCUCCCGAGCUUCUUGGAGAUCCAGAGAUUUGCUAUUCACCCACACCAAAAAGUGAUAUCUAUUCUUUUGGCAGUGUGAUGCUACAGGCAAGUCGCCUUUUAUUUCCAUGGUAUACAGAUAGAGGCACCACGGCUGAGUUUCGCAUCAUAGCCAAGCUGAUUGUAGGGGAAACUCCACCUCGGCCGGAUGAUCCACCCAUCUUAGAGAAACACUGGAUCCUUAUCUCGGAAUGUUGG